AUGGAGAUAGAAAAGGAAAAGGUCUAUCGAGCAUGGCCAAGCGGCCCGCCAACAUAUCAACAGGCGACUUCCGAACACCUGCAAAGAAUUACCCACAACAAGCGAUGGAAUUACUCGUUGUUUAGCUGCUUUGAACCAGGUUCACUUUGCCUUAUGGGCAGCUGUCUCCCCUGUAUUACAUUUGGAAAGACUCAAGCCAGGACGAGAGAUCCAGAACUACCUGACUUUAGCCAUUGCAACACUCAGUGUUCACUCUUUGCUUUCCUUGCUCUUCUUGGUUCGCAAUGGAUUAUACAGACGGUCAAGCGAGGUGAAACUCGUGAACGUUUUGGUAUUGAAGGUAGCUGCUGUGGUGACUGUUGUGUGUCUUUCUGUUGUUCCUGUUGCGCCGUAAUCCAGGAGGAAAAAGAGGUGGAAUUGCGAACUAGGCCUGAAUACACGGGAUAUCAAAUGACCUCUGGAAUGACGUAUCCUUGA